AUGACUGACGACCUUCGUGGCACGAUUUUUCUUCGUCAGCUGCACAAAGGGUGUCCAAUCAUUGACACCACUCGACAUUUUAUUAACAACGCCAUGAGAAGAUCAGCAAUUGCAUUUGUCGCCUUCAUUCUGAUAGGGGAUGAACCAAUAGUUCAUGGAUUGUCGAACCCAUCAGCGAGGACAGUGAAAAAUGGGGUCCAAAGCUGCUGCCGGAAGACAGCCAUGUUGGCAGCUUUUGCUACCAGCAGUAUGGAGCAAGAAAAAAGCCUUGUCGAAGACACGGAUUGUCCAUCAGGGUACUACUACAACGCGGUUAAGAGCACCUGCAAUCAUUUGGGUCCCAUCGGCAGAGUCUCUCAGGCUGUGGAAACCUUUGGGCCAUUCAAGAAAGCAUACACGGCGAUUUCCGAUCUGUUUGGAAUUGAUGCCAAGAGAAUAUCCAAUUUAGGCGUUUCGUUUGCAUUAUCCUAUUCUAUGAUUAGUCAGAUAAACGCAAGCAUCACAUUUUCGGUGGCCUGGUAUCUUUCGUCCAAGCGAACAGGCCUGUCACCGUUGGUCCCUGGAGAAUGGAAGUCUUUACUUACAGCCUAUGCAACAAUUUAUGGCAUAAUACAAGUCCUGAAACCCUUUCGAGUGGCUGCCGCAAUCGGAAUGUCAAAACUAUCAAAAGAGUUCCUAGAUGCUACUGAAAAGAAACUAAACUGCAAACGAAGGACAGCAAUUUUCUUUCAGUACGCUCUCGGAUGGAUGAUAUGGCUAUGUUUGGCCACAGUGGGCGUGACAAUAGCCAGCACAGCUAGCGGGGUUCCACUUCUGGCUACACAACACUGA